AGAGGGCCACGGAGGGCUCCGGGGGCGGGGAGGGGCGCCGCCUCUUGCGCCGCCUGCCUCCCGGGGCCGCUGGCAGGCUGCGAUGAAUGGUUUCAGCACGGAGGAGGACAGCCGGGAUGGGCCUCCCACCACCCCUUUUUACGGACAGAGCUGCUGCCUCAUCGACGACGGGGACCGCUGCGUCCGCCCGGCUGGCAACGCCUCCUUUAGCAAGAGGAUCCAAAAGAGUAUCUCUCAGAAAAAGCUCAAACUGGACAUUGACAAAAGUGUAAGGCACUUGUAUAUUUGUGAUUUCCAUAAGAACUUCAUUCAAAGUGUUCGGAACAAAAGGAAGAGGAAGACAAGUGAUGAUGGAGGAGACUCGCCAGAACAUGAGAUAGAUGUCCCAGAGGUUGAUUUGUUUCAACUUCAGGUAAACACAUUGCGCCGUUACAAAAGGCAUUACAAGUUGCAAACCAGACCUGGCCUCAAUAAAGCUCAACUGGCUGAAACUGUUAGUCGCCACUUCAGGAACAUCCCAGUAAAUGAGAAAGAGACACUUGCUUACUUCAUCUACAUGGUAAAGAGUAACAAGAGCAGAUUGGAUCAGAAGUCAGAAAGUAGCAAACUGGAAUGAAGACCAGGCAAACUUCGGACACAAGCAGGUGUUGAUAUUAAAGAAGCAUCAGGUGCAUUAUAAAUAUUUUUUGUAACUACUAAAAGACUUUUUUGUAAAUGAAGGUGUACACUAGAAAAUAAUAUGGAAAACCUUGGUCCAGAAUAAUAGUAUACAUAAUUACAGAAUGAGUGUGAAGACAUCUACAUUUUCAAAGCCUCAUAUUUCACUGAUGGGAUAAAGAUCAAAGGAAAAAUCAAGAUGUUGAAGACAAUAACAUUUCAAAGGACUGAAAUAACUGUGAUUAUGAUAUAGACCGCACACAAGAUGAGUUGGUAAUUCUUGGACUGGAUCAUGUCACGUCCACAUAGUACUUAUUGGCACAGAUCAGGCAUAGCACUGGAAUUCUGAUUCAAAAUUCUUAGUCUGUAGCUCACCACUUUUGUACCACACAGUUUUACUUGUUUUGAGCCUAAACGUCUCAUGUUGUUACGGAUGCUAGUGGUCUUUCAGUCUCGCUUCUGUGGCAGGAGGCACAAAGGGGGUCUUGAGAAAGGAUCAGUCAAACUGGCCAGCCUUGCUGAUUUGCUAAUUGCUAUUAGUACCUCUAUUUAUUUAACUCCCAGAAAUUAAAUGUUAAAUAUUUCAGUUCUGCCUAGUAUGUAUGUGGGUAUAUGUGAGUCAUUUUCACAUAUACCCACAUACAUAUACUGUCCACUGUCCUUUUGUUUUUAUUAUUUAGGUUUUCAUUUGAUAUCUAGACCAUGAUGUAAAAAAUAGUUUAAGUUGCCAUGAGCCCUCAAAUUUGUGAGACACCAGGGAGAGUCUGUAACUAUUCUCAGUCUGGAUAAGGCAAAAAUAGUCCUUAGGCAAACCAUUCCCAACAAUGGCCUAUACAAUCUGAAGGUCAAAUGUAUACAAUGCAGAAUAGCGGCUGUUAAUAUUCCUGAACAUGAGUUGGUGCUGACCGUGGCUUCUCUGCCCGUUUUUCAGCAAUGAGGACUAGUACCCUGCCUUAAAUAUGCAUUAGCAAAGUGGGCAAGGUUGUCAUUGCUUAGAUGCCAUGCUGCUGCUGCCCACCUUUUCCCAGUCCGCAUCUCAAGACACACUGCACGCACGUGCAUAUAGCUUUCCCAUUUGCUUCACUGGAAGCAGCAGCAUUUUGGUCUGAAGAAGGCCUCCAACUUGUGACUUACCAACCUUGACCUGGUGCUUAACAUUUUCCUUCCCUCUCCUCUCUUUGCUGUCUCAGGCAGGCAGCACAGGUAAAAUGUUGAGCCCCUCGUAGGCUGCCUUACAAAUGGUGAACUCUUGUGUGCUGGGCAUGUUGCAAGUUACUCAGGCAUGAUCUUCAAUAAAACCUUUACCCACAAGACAGUAAACCUUGAAACUUACAGUCUAUUGCAGCUGUAGUUCAUGACUUUAUCUUUAAAAACUGCAGCCCGAACCAGCCUGGAAUUAAUUGAUAUUGAAUUCAAUAGUGUGCAAGAGGUCAACAUGCUGGUCCAAAAAUGAUUUCUCAAAUGAUAAGGUGAUAGGAAAGAAUCCACAUGUCUUGUGGCAUUCUAACAGGUUUCAUUCUCCAAAACUGAUUUAUCCUUUGGUGACUGGCUAUGUGAAAAGAUGCUGCAUUAGUCAGUACUGUAUUUGUUGGUUGUGCAAAGAAGCAAGCUGUAGCUUUUUAGUAGUGCCCAGUUGAGAAUAGUGCCCAGUUGAGCACUAUCAUCAGUAAUGUGCAGCACAGUCAAAUCGCUGUGCAGUGUACCUGCAGGUUGCUAGGGCAAUGGGAAAAGCAUUUUGCACUGAAAUUUGGCAGAAAAUCACUAUUAUUGGUUCUACUGCUGGGGCACAAUUGGAUGCUACCCAUAAUACGUGAAAACCUAACCUAAUGAUUUUCAGAUUUUUUUCAGGCAAGACCCAUUUUGAGUCCUUGAGUACACGUGUCCUUUUCCAUGUCACUGAGAUAGUCUGCUCAUGCUUCCCUGGUCAAAUGGUGGCACUUGCACCAGAUUUGGCAGGGGGCCUUUUGGGGUCUCUCCUCUGCACUCCCCUUCACAUCACCCAAGCCAAGUUUAGUCAGUCCCAAGCAGGUGCACUCCAACAGCAUUGCAUAAUCUUUGAAUCGGGAUAGAUUUUGUUCUCUCAUCACUGAGAAGGCGGUUUAUUCUACUCACUACUACAAAUGCUCUCAUUUUACUGGAAAGUCAGUUUCUGUUCUGCUUCCUGUGCAGUGCGUCAGAGCAGCUAGCUAGUCAUAUGGCUCUUUUGUCCUUCGGCUGCCCCCCCACCCCACCGGCAGAUUGAUUUGUUACUCCAGGAUUCCCCUCUUCCACCUGCCACCUUACAAUUGAUGAGCCAGGCAGUCCUCAUGACUCCACAUCUAUAAAACCUCCUCCAAUAGCCUGAUCAUAGCAGGGGGCCCAGAUAGUGCCUGAGCGCCUGUCCUGAGGGUAAACAGCUGUCACAAAACCAAGAGGAACCAAGAGCCACACUUGCAGAUUAUUGGGAGCUGCCAGUGGUCUUCAGGUCUUGUGGUGAAAAAACACUGACCUAUCCAAGAAUACAGAGUUCAUAUUCAAAAAAUUAUCAAGGUUUAUCUCAGUUGAACAUAAAUAGUAAGCAUGGAUAUGUGUCACUAGAGCAUGGGUCCUCAAACUACAGCCCAGAGGCCGGAUCCGGGCCACCAUGCUCAUUUAUCUGGCCUGCCAUGCUCAUCUGGACCUGCCACGCGGGCGCUCACGCAUGCGCCCGCCACCGCCCGCCUCACCUCGCGUGCGGGAGGCGGCGGUUUGCUCACUCGGAGAAAAUGAUCUCCAAGGGAGCAAUGCUGCCUCGUGCGCCCACCUUAUUUAUUUAUUUAUUUAAAGCAUUUUUAUGCCGCCCCCAUCGCAGAAAGCCUCGGCUUCCAAAGAGGAUAAACAAACAGGAUAGACAUUAAAAAUUCGGAGCAUCUCAGCAAUAGUUUAAAACCAAUAAAAACGAUUAAAAUAUCGUUUAAAUAGAAAGGCCUUGGCCUGGCGCCGAAAAACAAAUAACAACGGCGCCCGGUGGACCUCUCUGGGGAGCGCAUUCCAUAGGUGGGGUGCCACCGCAGAGAAGGCCUUGUGGUGCGUGCCCACCCCUGCCUUGCCUUCCCUUACCACGCAUGCCCAUGCCUCCCUGCAUGUACUGCCCCCGCCCCCUCGUCAGCCCACGUGCACCAUCAGACACCAUCUUUCCGGCCCGCACCCAACACCGGCAGCUUUCAACUGGCCCCCUGGUGAAAAACUUUGAGGACCCCUGCACUAGAGUAUAGCAUAUGUUAUCCCAUUUAAUUAGAUUCCAUGAACUAGAUAUUAUGAUAUUUUUAGGCAGCUUUCUCAUAGGACACAAGGAUAAUUCAUAUUUAGUACAUAUAUGGAUAGCUAAGUAAAAGCAGUGCUGAAAUACUUCAGAUUGUUAUUUACAGUUAAAAGUUUACAGAAGUUCCAAUUCCUCCCUUAUUGACCGAAUUAACUGAAGUAAGCAGAUCAGUUUUAGUAAUCAUUAUAAUUGGAUUUUAUUUUUUUACGGCUUCCUAAAACUGAAGUUUGCAGCUUGGUGAUCAUGGAAAAAUACUCUACAAGAGGAGCACCAUAUGCCUCACUUCUAGACCAGAAAUGUAAAUCUUUUAGUGUUACAUUGUUAGGGCUAAUAUUUAUAAAGCAAAUAAUGGCAGCAUUUCAGCAGCCAGCAUCAAAAUGACAUUAAAUUAAAUUAAAAAGGCACAUGCUGCCUUUCAGAAGCUGCUUUGGAGAUUAAAUCAAGGAAAUGGGUUUACCAAAUUAAUUAGUAGAAAAUGUAAUUUGUUAUACAUUAUACAAGAAAAGAUAUAUUUUCAAGGUUUAAAACUAUUUCUUGAGGAGAUUGAGGAAUCUCACUGUUGGGUUUGAGAAUUGUCAUAAUUCUUGAGUCCUGUUGUCUUUUAGAGACAUCUGUAUAUGCCUUAUUCUCAGCUAGACCAACAAAUGUUGAGCAAAUAUAUUGGUGGAAAGCAUUGGCCAUUUUCAUGGCUUUCCGUGCUAGAAACUAAUCCUGUUAGCAAUAUCUGUAUUCAGGGAGAAGCUUGUGGUUCAUGAACAUCUAGUGUUGAAUCACCAAAAACACCACACUGCAGUUUCUUAUAGUGGCAGAGUAUACUGCAUGCCGGUUUAGGAAACUUUCCAAUUCCUUGUGGUUUUAAUAAAACCUUAAUCAGCAUUUUUGAUCUUCAAAGGGUAUGAAUCCUUAAGCAAUGGCUAAAAUUAAUAAAAUAUGUGAAAACAUUGACAUGUUCAUACAUGGUGGUGGGUUGUAUUUUACCUUAAUUUUCAAAUACAAAUUUUACAUAGCAUUGAAACUGUUCAGCAAUGAACUUUGGCCUGGGUGUGGCUGUUUCCAUGCUUAAGACUUAGUGUUGAAAUCAUUUCACUGACUACAUCUGUACUGAAUAAACCUACUCCAAACAAAGAUAUCUGUUUGAAACUUUCAGACCUAUUAAGAAUUCACUUAAAACUAGAAGGGUUGUCAUUAAUUUUUUUAGAGGGCUUUGCAUCAGAGCCAAAGACCUUAAUGUGGCCAUCUUCUGUAAUGAGGUUAAAGAUGGUGGUCCUCAGCGCAUUAGCUGUUGCACUAGUAGUAGUAGCACAAUAAUGUUUGUUCAUCCCUUGAACUGAAUGAAGGAAAGAGCAAAGGGAAGGGGAAUGUGCAAUGUCGAUUAUAGUACUAGCAUUACACUCUGAUGAAUAUGUGACCCUUAUGGGAGGGUUUCUCACCCUGUCGGUUCAGCUUCCAAGUACAAUUUUGCUGUGCAAAUAUUACAUAUCAAAAUCCUACCAUGAAUUAUUAUUCAGAAGGGACCACCUUGAUGCCCUUGCAUCUUUGAGUCUUGGAUUUACAAGGCUAAAUCAAACAAAUAACUGUUUCCUGCCACUGAAAGAUUUGGGAGUAAAAACUUCCUGCAUAGGCCAGCAAAGCAUUUUUAAGCCAAAGUAGCCCAUGGCAAGAAUAUUUUUCUGACUUUGAAAGCAGAAUAAAGAGCCAUGAGCAAGAUAUAUCCCAGAAAUGCAGAUGUUGGUGAUUUGUCCAAGAGAGAACUUAUUAAACAGUAUUCUAAAUUUUUUAAUGAGUAGAUUAGCCAAAUGCAAUUAUACAGGGGAUGGGGGGAGGGAAUUGGGAACCUUGCACUUUACCUUGUCUUUAUAAAUCCUAAUAUAUAUAAGAUGAAGACAUGGCUGCAAGAAAACAUCUUGAGAAGGGUGUUUUUAGAAAGCAAACUGUUGUGUUCAGUGCACUAGUGUCACUUCACCCUGUGCGUUGAGAUAAGGGACUGAGGAAUCAUCAAAGAAGAAGCAAUUCAGUACCAUCAGAACAUGAUUCAAGGGUCCUACUAUGAUGAAGCAGAAUAUCAUUGCUCCCUUACUUAUUAUAUCCCAUCUGCUCUGUUGUGAUUGUACACAUGUUAGACUUUUUUCUUUAAAUGUGAUAAUUAACGGUGCAGGGUAUUUCUUUCUCUUCUGUAGAAUUUACCUAUUCUCAUUAUUAGCUCCUUAAUUAGAUAGUAUACUUCUGAUGUUUGUGGAGGGGAAGGGGCUUAUGCCUUAAAAGCAGAUUUUCAAUGAAAUAAGAUUUAUGAAAUGUUUAGCAAUAGUUUUUUCUGCAGUUAAUGUUUUUACAUCUGUCAAGCAUAGGCAUAUGGAGUUUGCCUUCUAUUAUGUUGCCUUCAUCCCUCCUGUGUUGUGCUACUGCACAGUAGAAAAAUAUGAACACAUACUGACUAAUGUAUUUUUACAUCCCUUUGACUUGUAACAGACUUACUGGAAGAAUACAACUGCCUUUCCCAUUCAUUUGUUGUGGUGGGUCUUCAUGUCUUGUACUGAUCUUUAUGCCAAAUGUUUUGGGUAAAUUUGUAUUUAAUUGUGAACUAUAACAGUGUACUCUUAAAGCAAUCUAGUGACUUAUAGUGAAACUGUAGAAUUUUUUUUCUUUGAGAUGUAUAGUGCAUCCUUCCACUGUGUAUAUGACUUGUUGGGUAAAGACCUAAAUGCCUGAGAUUCAUUCGUAAUAAAUGAUCAGUUGAACAACCAAA